AUGCGCCCAUCCCUUGCGGUGCUGGCAGCCGCCCUUCAGGCGACCGUCGGCAUUGCGUCCAGCUUGACGCCGCCUGUUCUGCCUCUGAUCGUGCGGAACCCCUACCUAAGCACAUGGCUCGGAAAUGCCAGAGAUGAACCCUGGACCAAAUGGCCCAUGUUCUACACUGGCGAGGAGGUGGGCCUCUCUCUGAUGGCUCAUGUUCCGAGCACAGGCACCGUGUAUCCAUUGUUGGGCAAGCCUCACGAAUCCCUGUCUGGGACACAGAUCGAUUUCCCGACAUACCUUGGAGCCAACUACGACGCGUCUACCACCAAUCUGACCUACCGCAUUGAUCCUUCCACCUCUGCCUCCCAUCCCCUGGAGAUCACCGUCUCUUUCUUGUCUCCCAUCACUCCUACAUCGACUCUGCGGCAGUCGAUUCCCGCAUCAUAUGUCACAGUACAUGUCCACGGUGAAGUAAGCGUAAAUGUCUAUAUGGACAUCAACGGAGGCUGGGUGAGCGGUGACACCCGGAGUCACAUCUCUUGGCAGUAUGACGCGUUCGAUGCGAAAGACAACAAACCAGCUCUGCGGAGGUGGAGAUUUCAGAGACAGUCGGAGCUGCUGUUCUCGGAAAUCCGCGAUCGUGCCGAAUGGGGCACUCUUCACUUCACCGCGCCCGCCGAUGUCCAAUUUCAGUCUGGCGAGGCGUCGGCCGUAAGGAAAACAUUCUUGACACAAGGAGUCCUCGACAACGUCAACGAUGAAGUCUUCCGUGCCAUUGGAGACCGAGAGCCGGUCUUUGCAUUCUCCAAGUCAUUCGUCCUCAACCGGAAAUCUGGGCCGACCAGCGCCAGCGUAACCUUUAGUAUUGCCUUGAUCCAAGAUCCUGUUGUCCAAUAUGCCUCUGCACGUGGUUUGACUCUGAUGCGGCCUCUGUGGGAGUCAUGGUUCCCUAGUGUUGACGCGCUCCUGAACUUCCACUACCACGACUUCUCCCAGGCGAGUGCGUUGGCCUCCAACUACUCGGAGCAGUUAGCCAAGGAUGCCUACCAGUCGGGGGCUCACGACUACGUUGACAUCGUCGCACUCUCUGCUCGACAGGUCAUGGGGGCAACUACCUUCUCUGGAACGCCUGAAGAUCCGAUCUUGUUUCUGAAAGAGAUCUCAUCUAAUGGAAACUUCCAGACGAUUGAUGUCAUCUUCCCUGCAUUUCCGUUUUUCUUGUAUACUAACCCGCGGUGGUUGGCCUACCUUCUGGAGCCGUUGAUCGAGCACAUGUUGAGUGGACAAUACCCAAACACUUACGCCAUGCAUGAUUUGGGAACUCAUUUCCCGAAUGCCACUGGGCAUCCGGAUGGAAACGAUGAGUACAUGCCGGUGGAGGAAUGCGGUAACAUCCUCAUCAUGGGUUUGGCCAUCGUGAACUCGCUGCGUUAUUCGGAAGAUUCUGCCGCGUCUUCCAUCUGGUCGACACAAGGCGAAAGCCCUGUACUUUCGGACGAUCAUCCCGGGUACUUUCCUCUGGUAAGCCUUCAAGCACAUGGAGGUAUCGAUAAGCAGGAUGGAAGAUGGGGUGGUGGUAUACAGGGCCAACGUGAGGCAGAGAGAUGGCUUCAGCGCAGUUACCGUCUCUGGAAACAGUGGACUGGCUACUUGGUGGAGUUUUCGCUGGAGCCAGAGAAUCAGCUUUCGACAGAUGAUUUCGCCGGCUGGCUGGCGCUUCAAACGAACUUGGCGCUCAAAGGUAUCGUCGGCAUCAAUGCCAUGAGCAAGCUAGCUGAGGUGGUUGGCAAUGAUGAAGACGCCUCAUACUACAAGGACAUCGCAGAUACCUACAUCGCCAAGUGGGAGGAGUUGGGCAUGUCUCGAGACCAAACACACGCGAAGCUCGCUUACGACUGGUACGGAUCGUGGACGACCAUCUACAAUCUGUACGCCGAUGCACUGCUGUGCUUCCAUCUGGAGGGCAGCGAUACCUCUCCACACGCAACGUCCGGCUCCAAACAGAGACCCCUCCAUCCCCAUCCCCCUCACCCGCACAAGACUGGCUUCGUGCCCCGCCAUAUAUACCAGAGACAGUCUAUUUGGUACCACAACGUGCGUCAAAAGUAUGGCCUCCCACUUGACAGCCGGCACUUGUAUACCAAGACCGACUGGGAGUUCUUCUCCAUGGCCGUUGCCAGCGAGAACGUCCGCAGCGAGGUCCUGGAAUCCGUCGCCAAAUGGGUCAAUGAGACGGUCACCGACCUUCCGUUCACCGAUCUCCACAACACGGAGGGUAAGGGCGAGUUCCCCGGGCCGAAUUUCUACGCUCGACCGGUGAUCGGCGGCCACUUCGCGUUCCUGGCCCUUCAGCGCGCGUGUGGGGGCCGGGCGAUGGAGGGGCUAGCCUAUCUGGACGAGGGGAACAACGUGUUCUCGACCAGUACGCUGGCGGACUGGAAGAAGGCCGCAGCUAAAGCUGUCGAAGAGUUCCAGACGUCGUCUGAGCCAGAGGAAUCUACUGGCGAAGAUUUGAGAAACCGAAGAAGUUGUGAGACACUUGAAUUGGAAAAUAGCCUCCUUCCUAAAUUACUCAGUAUACAAUUACUUAGUGUGGGUAAAGACCCUAUCAAUCUAAAGUCACACUACUACCAACCGUGCCACCCAAUUACAAUAUACUAUAAUCAUGCCAUUCCAAUCCAAUGA